AUGUCUUCGCAAAAAAAACCUAUCAUAACAUAUUUUGGUCCUGCCGGGUCACACACACACCAGGCUGCCCUCGAGAAUUUCGGCGAUAAUGUAAUUUAUCAGCCUCUGGAAACAAUCGAUGCUGCGGAACUGGCGGCUUCAGAUCCAGACUCAGCAGCCAUAUCCGGCAUCACUUGUGCGGAGUUGUAUGGGUUGAAUGUGCUGGCAAGGGGCAUUCAGGAUUUGCGAGGGAAUAAAACGCGUUUUUUCAUCCUUGGAAAUUCAUCAAACAAAUCAACGGGAAACGAUCGAACCUUAAUAUUAUUCACGGUGGAUCACAGAAAAUCCGGUGCUUUAUGUGAUGGCAUAAAAAUUUUCAAGGACAACGACAUAAACUUGACAAAGAUCGAUUCGAGACCUUCCUUACAAAGGCACUGGCACUAUGUAUUUUUCGUUGAAUUUCAAGGUCACAAAGAUGAUGAUAAAUUUUUUUCAAGCAUUUUUGGUAAUAAAGAAGAACAAAACUCUGUCGAGAAUGAGAUCACCGGAGACCUUCAACAUACUCGAGUUUCACCAGCACUGGCUGUUGAAACUAGUGUUUUCGCUGUUCCGACAAAUCCAACACCAAAAGUAGAAGUAUCUAGUAAUGCUGAUGAUGAUGAUCCUCCGACCUUCCCGCUCAUUGAUGGUAUACAACGUGCAAAAUCGUCUUCGUCUUCAAAUUCGCUAUCUACGACUAGCAAGAAGAUGAAGCCACUUGAAAAAGCCAACAAAUUGCGAAAAAAGGUUGCUUUAGAACCGGGUCAUUCACCUUUGGACUGGGCAAGGCUAGAGGUUGAUCUGGGGAACUCGGCCUGUUUACGUGCAUACCAUGCUCGUAACUUUAAAGAUAUUGAUCGAAUUAAUAGAGAUUCCAGAUAUGUCGAAUUAAAAUUGAAGAAAGCACGUACAGAACGAGAUCUUGCAACAACUUCUAAAAGAGCUCACCUGCAGAAAGGGUUAUACAAAGUGCCGUGUAUAAUCUUCCCCUGGGCUUCAGGGGCAUUCCGCUAG